CUGGUUCAAGGAGACUUGAGCUAAGAGACUGUGAAAGCCUCAGAAUCUGAACCCUUAAACAGAUGCAAGUAGCAGAUGAUACAAGAAGUCAUAAAGUUGCAUGUGAUGAGCGAGGCAAGUCUUUAGUUUGAACAAAUGUGACUGCUAGAGAACGGAUAAAAUCACUGUAAUUACAUGCUCUUACUGGUGUACUUCUCACCCCCAUCUUUUGCUGGAGCUGGAUGUCAGAAUCAUUGAUCAGCAAGGUUAUUUGAUCCAUAUCCUGGCUGACUGGCUAGCACAGUUGGCUCUUCUAGCUACAAAGGUGUUGAUGGGGAGAACAUAGGUGACAAAUGGACACAGGAGAGAGGGGAGGCAAAGAAGCAGUACUGGCACACACCAGUGGUUCAUAUCUGCUCUUGAAAGCUUUGUCCACCACACAGAGCUCUACUAUGCCCACAUCCUUUGCAAUUCAGGACUGUUUAGACUUGAGACACCUAAAACAUUAGUUGUUAACAGACAGUUAAAAACCCAACAUGGUUUGUAAAUUAGUUUGAAUAAAGACUGCCUGAAGAAUUCGCUUAGCAUGCUUUUAGUGUCUGUGAAGGCAGUGCUGCAUGUAAAUGUUUCACUACUCCAGUGCUACAUUGUGAAUUUUUUAACUGCUCUGUUAAAUGUGAUUUGUUUUGUUUCGUUAACAGAAUAGCAAUUUUGGGUUGUGACAAACUCGAGCACUUGAGGAACCAAGGUUUCACAGCGGAGAGCCACUGCUUUCACAAGUUCUGACUUCAGCCAGUCUUCCUUGAAUUCUGGUGUGUGCGAGUCCUUGGUGGAGGUUGCAUAUAUACAUGUUUUCAUGAAGAGAAGUGAGAAGCCAGAAGGUUAUAGACAAAUGAGGCCUAAAACUUUUCCUGCCAGUAAUUAUACUGGCAGCAGCCAGCAGAUGCUACAGGAAAUACGAGAGAGCCUCAGGAAUUUGCCUAAACCCUCAGAUGCUGCUAAAGCUGAUCACAGCAUGGGCAAAAUGUUACCUGAAGAUCCUAGACAAGGCCGAAAUCCCCCCAAAUUUGUAACAUAUCAUAAGGUUUUGCAGGAGAUAAGAAACUCACUUCUGCCUUUUGCAAAUGAAGCCACCUCAGCUGUCAAAGGAACAUCAGAAGUUAAUCGACAGAUGCUGCAAGACUUGCAAGCUGCUGGCUUUGAUGAGGAUAUGGUUAUACAAGCUCUUAGACAAACUAACAACCGUAGUAUAGAGGCUGCCAUUGAAUUUAUAAGUAAGAUGAGCUACCAGGAUCCUCGUCGGGAACAGAUGGUUGCAGCAGCAGCAAGACCUGUAAACGCAGGUAUGAAACCACCAGCAGGGGCUGUGCAGCAGUCAGUGAACCGCAAGCAGAGCUGGAAGGGUUCUAAGGAGUCCCUGGUUCCUCAGCGACAUGGCCCUUCCCUGGCAGAGGGUGUGGUUUAUCGCUCGGAAAGUCCCAGCUCGCAGCCUGAUGUAGGAAGGCCAUUAUCUGGAUCCGGCAUUGCGGCAUUUGCUCAGGCUCAUCCUGCCAACGGACAAAGAGUGAAUCCCCCACCUCUACCGCAGAUAAGGAGUGUCACACCUCCUCCUCCACCUCCUCGGGGGCAGACACCCCCUCCAAGGGGAACUACUCCUCCACCUCCUUCCUGGGAGCCAAAUUCUCAAACGAAGCGGUACUCUGGAAACAUGGAGUAUGUGAUCUCCCGUAUUUCUCCAGUGCCACCAGGAGCAUGGCAGGAUGGUUAUCCACCUCCACCUAUGAAUCCUCCUCCUAUGAAUUCAUCUGCACAGGGGCAGAGAGGCAUGAGUGCUGUCCCCAUUGGCAGGCAACCAAUAAUCAUGCAGAGUUCUGCCAACAGCAAAUUUAGUUUUCCCUCAGGAAGAGCUGGAAUGCAAAAUGGCAAUUGUCAGGCAGAAUUCAUAGUUCACCAGAAUGUGGUGUCUGGAAAUUCAGUGAGUCGCCAGCCACCCCCGUACCCAAUGAAUCCAACUAACAGGCAGAGUCCCACAGCACUACAGAUGCAGGCAGGAGGAUCUGCUCCUCCUUCAGCAUACACCAAUGGGAAUAUUCCUCAGGCAAUAAUGGUGCCAAACAGAAACAGUCACAACCUGGAACUUUACAACACCAAUGUGGCUGGAAUACCUGCAUCCUGGUCACAGCCUUCUGCCGUGCAGCCGCAGUCAUCGCCGGGCAAUGGGCACGACAUGCCUGCGUGGCAACCCAGUAUUCCCGUGCGCUCCAACUCCUUCAACAACCAUCACGGCAGUAGGCAGAGUCACUCGGGCAGCUCCCAGCCUUCAGCCACCACAGUGACAGCCAUAACGCCAGCUCCUAUUCAGCAGCCAGUGAAAAGCAUGCGAGUGUUGAAACCAGAGCUACAGACUGCCCUGGCACCCACUCACCCUUCCUGGAUGCCGCAGCCCAUGCAAACCGUUCAGACCAUUCCCUUCUCCGACAGUCCCUCUACCAAUAUGGCAGUUAUGCCUCCUGUUGCGGAGGCUCCAAAUUACCAGGGUCCCCCACCACCUUACCCUAAACACUUGUUACACCAGAAUCCUUCUGUCAAUCUGUAUGAGGCGGGAUCCAAGCUCAACAAGGAGGAGCCACCUCCUUUAUCCAGGGAGGAUGAGAAUGAAAAGAUUUAUGAAUGUGUUGAUUCAACAGAUAAAGAAAAGAAACAGAUUACAACCUCACCUGUUCCUGUUAGAAAAAACAAGAAAGAUGAAGAAAGAAGAGAGUCUCGCAUUCAAAGUUAUUCCCCUCAAGCCUUUAAAUUCUUCAUGGAGCAGCAUGUGGAGAAUAUACUCAAGUCACACCAGCAACGUUUGCACCGGAAAAAACAGCUAGAGAAUGAAAUGAUGCGGGUUGGAUUGUCACCAGAAGCCCGGGAUCAAAUGAGGAAAAUGUUGUGCCAGAAAGAGUCAAAUUACAUUCGGCUAAGAAGAGCUAAAAUGGACAAGUCAAUGUUUGUAAAAAUUAAAACCCUGGGAGUUGGUGCGUUUGGAGAAGUUUGCCUAGCAAGAAAGGUGGAUACUAAUGCUCUAUAUGCAACAAAGACUCUGAGGAAAAAAGAUGUCUUGCUUAGAAACCAAGUUGCUCAUGUUAAAGCUGAGCGGGAUAUCCUUGCAGAAGCUGAUAAUGAAUGGGUAGUUCGCCUGUACUAUUCAUUCCAAGAUAAGGACAAUUUGUACUUUGUAAUGGACUACAUUCCAGGAGGUGAUAUGAUGAGUCUCCUAAUUAGAAUGGGUGUCUUCCCAGAAAAUCUGGCACGGUUCUACACAGCAGAACUGACGUGUGCAGUUGAGAGUGUUCAUAAAAUGGGCUUCAUCCACAGAGAUAUUAAACCUGACAAUAUCUUGAUAGACCGUGAUGGUCAUAUCAAACUGACUGACUUUGGGCUCUGUACUGGUUUUCGAUGGACCCAUGACUCAAAGUACUACCAGAGCGGUGAUCACACCCGUCAGGACAGUAUGGAUUUCAGCAGUGAGUGGGGUGACCCAGCCAACUGCAGGUGUGGGGAUCGGCUGAAGCCACUGGAGCGCAGGGCAGCGCGGCAGCACCAGCGCUGCCUGGCCCACUCCCUGGUGGGCACACCCAACUACAUUGCACCUGAAGUGUUGUUACGGACAGGUUACACACAGUUGUGUGACUGGUGGAGUGUUGGAGUAAUUCUCUUUGAGAUGCUAGUGGGGCAGCCUCCAUUCCUGGCACAAACGCCACUGGAAACACAAAUGAAGGUUAUCAACUGGCAAACCGCACUUCAUAUUCCCCCUCAGGCUAAAUUGACUCCAGAGGCCUCUGACCUCAUUAUUAAACUCUGCCGAGGGCCAGAAGAUCGUUUGGGCAAAAACGGUGCAGAUGAAAUAAAAGCUCAUCCAUUUUUCAAAACAAUUGAUUUUUCCAGCGAUCUGCGGCGACAGUCUGCUUUCUACAUUCCCAAAAUUGCUCAUCCCACGGACACAUCAAACUUUGACCCGGUUGAUCCAGAUAAAUUGUGGAGCGAUGAUGAUAAGGAGGGGAACAGAAAUGAUACCCUCAAUGGGUGGUACAAAAAUGGAAAACAUCCUGAACAUGCUUUUUAUGAGUUCACCUUCCGAAGGUUUUUUGAUGACAAUGGCUACCCAUACAACAAUCCAAAGCCCAUUGAGUAUGAGUAUGGUAGUUCCCAAAACUCAGAACAGCAGUCAGAUGAUGAUGAUGAUGAUGAACAGGCAAGUAGAGGAGUUCAGAGUCGUGAUCUGGUUUAUGUUUAGUAGAGCAAUAAAGUUCAGAGUCGUGAUCUGGUUUAUGUUUAGUAGAGCAAUAAUUGAAAUAAAAUUAUUUCAAUUGAUUAUUGAAAUAAUCAAUUCUGCAGCUUUAGAUUUUGAAAAGUCUCUUCCUUUAAGAGAACUGAAAGAAGAUUUCUAGGGUAAAUAUGUGCACACUUCUUUUUAAAUGCUAAAAAAAUUAUUUUUCCACUUUCCCUCUCUGUACAUUUUGUUUCCCUAGAAUACAGGGAAAUGCUUCUUGAGAAUUAAUUUAUUCCAGUGAUGUUAAUUGUUUAAUUUAGAAUUUGAUGUUAGGUUAAAAAAAAAUCACUUGAAUAUUGUUAUUGGUCCUCUGUACUCUAAGUACUCAAAAUAGGAAAUAGUGAUUUUUUUUUCCCUAAGAUGCCUGGUAUCUAUUUAUACAUAUAGUGAAUAAUUUUAGAGAACAACUCUCUGUUUCAGAAUUUUUAAUCACAGUUUUUCCAUGCAUUGACCAAAUAUAAAACUUCCUUUAUGCUAAUAAAGUUCUCUGAUACAUUUCUGUAGAGAAAAAAAAAGGCUGCUGUACCCUGACUUCUCACUGUAUUUAGCCUUAUUACUCACAGUGUUGGAAAAACAGCCACCUAUUUGGUGCAAUGUUUCCAGCUGCUGUGGGAGUGGCCUAGUUCUCAGCUUUGAAAUAAGAAAGUGUCAGUCUUGGCUGUAGUAUGAUUGUGAGAUGAUAAAACACUAGCAGUAGUAUUUUAUUAAAUAGUAAUUGGAUUUGAUAUUAGUAACACUGUAGCAUGUGACUGGUACUCUCAAAGCAGGACUGCUCACUCAGAAACAACUUGAUUGUCUCUUGUCAUCAGUUCUCCUAUAGAUGUAAGAGGAAAAGAAGCCUUAGAAACAACACUUUCUGAAAUCUAGUUCAAUUUUCUGACUACAACCAAACUGUAAAAUGUGUACAGUGCUGCUUUAGUUGGAAUUUUUAGUUUGAAAAAUAAAUUUUAGAGUAGUGUCUUUAUGAUAAAUUUGAGAUAGUAAUGGGGAAAUAUUCUAAAUUAUGACUUUUGAGACCAUUUGCCUUGGCUGGAACAGUUUGCUCCUGGUUACCCAGGCACUGAGGAGAAGGGCUGUGCACAGGUCUGUCUGAGCUGGCAGUACAGUUUCAAUGCUCUGUCUUUCACAGCUUGGAUCAGAACGGAAUUAGGAACUGACUGCUGUGCCUGCUGCCUUCUGCAUUAGUUUCCAUAAUUUCCAGCAGCAGAUGCUCAGGUAUCUCCUAGGGUCUCAUGGAGGGUACUGAGCCUGUUAAAGUUAUGUAGAGCAGGAUGGGAGCAUCACUCUAAGCAGCUUCAGUGAGACAAGAACAGGAGUUAAGUGUUGAAAGGCAGAAAGAAUUACGGUUUUACCACUAUCCUUCUUUUUCCUGAAAUAUAUGCAGUGGUAAAAAAAGUGCACUAUUUUUAGUAAACUUAAUGUCUUUUGAAACAUUUCUUCUUCAUUGGAAUCUAAUUCCAAUGGAUAAUCUAAUAACAUGCAUGUAAGCAUUACUGCUUUCCUAAAUUAUUAUUUGUGCCAUUGCACUGGCAUUGCAACUAUCUAAACAUCAUGAAAUUGGUGUUCAUAGCUGUUCCUGCAGCCAGCAUCAGUUGCCAGCUUACUUUUCUCACCAGGCUGGUUUGUUUGCUUAUGGCCAUUUGUUGUCUUUCUGUGCUCCAGUCCAUGUCUCUGUUUCUGCCAGUGCAACUGUGUCUAGUGCUGUCCUAAAUACUGGAUGACUGAAGAAAGUGCUUGUUGGUUGUCAUUUGGAGUUUCCUUUCUUGUGAGUGUGGUCAUUUGAGUGAUCCAGUUUCUGGUGUGGUCCAAAAAUGAUUUUUAUUGACAUAACUGAGGGAACUGCAGCAGGUUGGCAGUGAGGAAGCUUCUUGAACGUACUUUGUCACAGAAGAAAAUGUUUGUGGAAGUUCACCCCUCUGCUGUGAAGCAUUUAUAAUGGUUAGAAGAUGGUUAUGAGAAAUUGUUUUCUCAAACAAGUAGUUAGUUAGUUGCUUACUAUAAUGAAAAUGAGUUUGCAGCUUAAUAAAGCGAUUCCUGUUCUGCCUUUCCCACAGCUGUUGAAAUAGAGUAGCUUUUAAGAUUAAUUUCAUUUAGCUUAAUUAUUGUAAAAUGGCUGCAGUGCAUAACUACUCCAUUUUAUAUAUUAUGUAAAAAAGAUUGCUUUUCAUGUAAAUAAACUUUAAAGAUUAUCCUACUUCAUAGUAAGUAUCCCAGUAAAACUGGUCUACUUGUCUUGGAGCAAAGAAUAAUAUAUUGCUGGUUAAAGGUAAUUUAAUCAAGCCUGCCCUCACCAUUUUUGAAGUGUGCAGAGAAAAUAAUGUCAAUUCAUUAAAUUGACUCUUAAAAUUGCCUUUUCAGCUGAGUAUAUCUCUCCUCUGCCUGCACUAUACUAUGGUGUAUUCCUGUUUAAUACUAUUACUGAUCCUGGGCAAUUUAAAAAUAAUUCUAAAAAAGAAUAAAGAAGUGUCCUGUAAAGGCACCAUUGGUCUAAAAAGAAAAACCAAUUGCUUUUAUUAAAGGAAGUCGUUGAUUCUUUUAAGGACGUGUGUAAGUACUGAAAUACUAAAUACUCUUUUGCCUUUUUAAAACAAAUAUGGGAAGUGCUCACAACUUUGGAAUUUGGUAGAUGCUUCUGGCAUUUUCUAAUAUCAUGUGUUAGAAGUUGUAAUGUUCCUUGUUUGAAUUUUGCCACCUAUAUGCUGCAGUAUUAUGUAUUUCCUUGCAAGAAGUGCAGUUCAUUACAGUCCAGGUUCUCCUCUGAGAAAGUUACACAUGAAUGUUGUCACAACUCUCCAGCACACUCUGCCUUACCCAUGUUUUGAAACUGGACGUUUCAUACAUAGAUUCAGAGUCUGUUGAGAUUCUUCAUAGUUGCUGCUUAAAACAUGGGUGUUUCACUGGUGACCUACAAUGGGGAUUGGUUUGUACAGGCAGUGGAGAAGAGAGGCUCCUAGCCAGCAGCUGUGGAAUUCUGCAGUAAGUUUUAGUUCAGGUUACCUUUACUUUGUAAAGCAUGAAAACAAGUUUCUCUUUUAUGUGCCCUUGUAUACAUAUUAAUUGUAUUUAUAAAAUGUUCUAUAAUCCUAUAACUUGUACUGUAAAUACUAUUGGAUAUUCAGUGGCAUUCUAUCCUCGGGCAGGCCCUCUUGCUGUAUCUUUUCUAUCCUCAAUUUGUAAUGGAAUCUAUAGAAUUUAUGGCUAGAAAGUCUCUUUGAGACUGAUGUAUCUUCCGCUGUUGCAAAAACUGUGAGUGGGAAUGAUUUAUUUAGACUCCUUUUAAUAUUAUUCAGCUGAUAGGCAGUGCAGUGGGUGGGUUCUUAGAUUAUGCUGCUGUCACUGAAGAUACUAUUAGGCUUUUGCUUCAGAUGUUGUGGGUGUUUCAGAUCAGACCUUUAAAUCUGUUUGCUUUAUUUCAGCCAAAGCAAAAAAGAUAAUGAGUUGGGUCAAUGUCAUAGUAAAAUGUUUUGAAUGCCUUAAGAUGAUCAUGAUAAAGGCACUAUUCAAGUUUACUGAUUUAUAUAUAUCUCUGUAGAUAUAUAUAGACAUACUCUGUGUGUAUAUGUAUAUAUAAUGUCCUUUUUGUAUUAUAAGACUGUCAGUUCUUUUGGAUUCUGCUAUUAAAUACAUAGACCAUCCCGCAA